AUGAAUUCGGAGGAGUUUCGUAUACACGGCAAGGAAAUGGUGGAUUUUGUUUCGGAUAUGUGGGAAAAUCUCCGUCAAAGGCAACCGUUACCGGACGUCAAACCUGGUUAUAUCAAAGACGUUGUACCCUUCCAUCCACCGUCUGAACCAGAAGAAUGGGAGACGAUUUUCAAAGAUCUCGAGCCCGUUGUCAUGCAAGGUAAUACUUUCUGGCACCAUCCACACUUCUUCGCUUAUUUCCCCACUGCAUGCAGCUAUCCGGCAAUUAUGGCCGAUAUUCUCAGUGGAGGUCUUAGCACAAUUGGAUUUAGCUGGAAUUCCGGCCCCACUAUGACAGAACUUGAAAUGGCGACGCUUGACUGGUUGGUGGACGUGCUUGGCCUUCCUGAACAUUUCAAGAAUGCUGAUCCUGGCCCCGGAUGCGGUAUUAUUCAGAGCACCGCCAGUGACGCCACAAUGAUCGCCAUCCUUACAGGCAAGGGCAAGAGCCGUGGAGGCGGUGAAGACCGAGUCGACAUCGUUCCUGUCAUGGAUGGCCAAUACAGGAACUUGACUACUGAGGACGAUUCUGGCAUCAUAUCUCCACACUUCCAUGAUCCAGUGGUUUUUGAGAGGCUUAUCGCUUAUUGUUCGGAUCAGGCACACUCAUCAGUCGACAAAGGUAUUAUGUUAUGCGGUGUAAAAAUGCGAAAGUUGCGAAGCACUAUAGAUCCUCAAUUGGAAAACUAUACUGUAACAAAGGAGACCCUUGAGACGGCUAUAAAGGAAGAUCGUGCCCGUGGAUUGAUACCGUUCAUCAUGAUUGCCACCAUAGGCACCACGUCGUCAUGUGGAAUGGAUAGAUUGGAUGAUUUGGGACCAGUUUGUAACCGAGAGCACAUCUAUCUUCACGUUGAUGCUGCAUAUGCAGGCUCUUUUCUCAUCUGCCCUGAAUUCCGGUAUCUGUCGAAGGGUAUGGAGUAUGUGGAUUCCUACAAUUUCAAUGCACAUAAAGCGAUGCUCAUGAACUUCGACUGCUCCCCUAUGUGGUUCAAAGACGGUGUUACCGCUACGAAGUACUUCAAUGUCGAUCCACUUUUAUCUCAAGCAUGA